AUGCCGACAGAGGUUCGUAAUUUUCUAGGUUUAGCAGGAUAUUAUAGAAGGUUUGUAGAGGGCUUUUCUUCUCUUUCUACCCCAUUGAUGAAGUUAACUCAAAAGACAGCUAAGUUCCAAUGGAAUGAUGCUUGCAAGUGGAUUUUUCAAGAAUUGAAGGAUAGAUUGACUUCAGCACCAGUUCUGGCGCUUCCAGAGGGAUCCGAAGGCUAUGGGGAUCCCGACUUGAAGUGGGAAGUAGUUAAUAUAGAUUUCAUUUCAGGCUUACCCCGGUCUCAGCGUAGGUUUAAUUCUAUAUGGGUAAUUGUCGAUAGACUGACAAAGUCAGCAAAUUUUCUGCCUGUUAGGACUACUUACUCCACCGAGGAUUAUGCAAAGCUUUAUAUUAAGGAGAUAGUCUGA